GGCGGGGAAUGACAGCUAUACCUCAAGAAAGAAGAUUACAACUACCAAUCUUAAGAAACAGAUCUGCUUAUCUGCGUACUUUGGUUGUGAAUUUUGUUUGAUAUUGUCAACUCCUAACCGGAAUAUGUGCUUGAGCAUGCACUAGAAACCAUGAUAUUUUAGAGUGGCGCACGGUGUGAAGGAGAAGAUUUACAACUCUGAAGAAAAAGAAGCCUUAAACUACCAUCAUUAUCCCAAUGGCUGACAACAACUUUCCUCCUCUGCCUAGCUUUAUUCCUCUGAAGCCAUGCUUCUACCAGGACUUUGAGGAGAUACCUGACCAGCACCGAACCACGUGCAAGAGGCUAUACUACUUGUGGAUCUUGUAUGGUGUUACCCUGCUGGUGAAUUUCUUCGGCUGUUUGGCUUGGAUGUUUGGUGGUGGAGGAGUGACUAACUUUGGCAUGUCAAUCAUAUGGGUUAUUCUCUUCACCCCAUGUUCCUAUGUGUGCUGGUUCCGACCCAUUUACAAUGCCUUCAAGACUGACAGCUCAUUCUAUUUCAUGGCAUUCUUCUUUGUCUUCAUGGCACAACUUUUCAUUACAAUAAUUCAGGCCAUUGGUAUCCCAGGAUGGGGCGUUUGCGGCUGGUUGGGCACUAUCUCCUUCUUUGGCACGAGUAUCUUUGCUUCCAUCAUUAUGCUAAUCCCCACGAUCAUGUUCACCGCAGUCGCUGCCAUUUCAUUUAUCGCCCUCACUAAGGUUCAUAAUUUCUACCGAGGCAGUGGGGGCAGUAUGAGUAAAGCCCAGGAGGAGUGGGUGUCUGGCACCUGGAAAAACCCUCACGUUCAGCAGGCAGCUCAACAGGCAGCUCUGGGUGCCACUGCAGGGGCAAUGCAGGGCCAGCAGGCACCGCAGUACUCCACACCCACCUAUGACAAUACCAUGUAAAAGAGUAUGAAAGAAUAAAUAGUGAUUAGAUUCAGGCUAAGCUGGAAAGCUGGAGAUUCAGGCUCACCUGUUGGCCUUAGUUGUAUGUGUUGUAGCUGAAAGAUGUUAUUAUCAGGUUACAUUUGCCUGAUGUGAGAAGAAAGUGAUAUUGUAAAAACCAUGUAGGAUUUUUCUUUCUUUUUUUUAAUGUUUGUGGUUUGUUUAAUAUUUUAUGUAUAUAUUGGCUCAUUUUUAAUGUAUUUGAUAUUUAAAAAGUAGUGUCAUGGUGAUUUCUAUAUUUAAUAUAAUUUUUUUAGUUAUGCUCAAAUCUGAAAUAUUUUAUUGGCUAGAGCUAAAAAAAUAAAUAAAAAUCUUGAUCCAAUAUCACGAACGGCUGGAAAAGUGAUAGAAAUGUAUUUGUCAAGUACCCGAACCCUAUGUAAUAUAGAGAAACAGAAUGGUUGUGAAGUUUAUAAAGCUGUAUGAAUUAAUUAGACUAGUUUCAUUUUUAUUGCAGAUUUGUGUAUAAUCUGUAGAUAAUAAUUUGUUUCAUGUGCUAAUUUGACUUAAAAUAACUAUAGUUGUAUAUAGAUGCAGCUGUCAUCUUUAAAAGAUAAAAUAAUAUACUGCAAAAUCAAAUUAUAUACUGCUACAAUGGUGUGUAACUUUUUUUUUCUUUCUUUUUUAAGGGAUAUUGUGUAAAAUUUAAGUAAAUUUAACUUUUGUUUGUUUUCCAUUUGAUACAAAACACCAAAAUAUGAACAGAUUUAUCAUAACAAUAAGUGAAACAUAACUGAAUAAAAAAAAAGAAAGUACCAAACAUCACAACUAAAUAAAUCAGAAAAAAAAAAAAAAAGUCAACCAUCGUUUGUUCUAUGGGCUUAAUGCAUUCAUAUAUGAAAAAGCACUCCCUGUCCAAGAGGGUGCAGUGUUGUUCUAUGUCUAUGUUGAGACAAUAUUAGAGCUAAAGCUAGAAAGUACCCAGAGAUGCUUCCCCCAUCUCCAAACGGAUUUCCCCAGACACAUUUCUGAGGGCCACACAGCCUUGACUUGCAUAUUGCAAUAAGACAACAACACCACUUUGUCAGGCUAAUAACUUUAUCGUCACUUAGACACCAAUUUAACCAGGCACAUUUUCACUUUGUACAUCCACCAAGCACGUGUCUGAGCCCAGAUUAGAUUGUUGACGACAAUAAAUGGAUUUGUCUCUUUUGUCAUUUGUAUCUCCCUUUGUAGAAGGUGAUGAAAUCAUUUUAAAGUUAGACACGCAGAGUAUCCCAGAAGACAAGAG